AUGCCUUCCCACAAUGCGCUCUCGCCGCAGCCGCCGAGACGGCCUACCGUCAUUGCCCGUCAUUCGUCGACAUCGUCCCAAGUCUCGCAGACCCCGUCCGACGGCUCGUCCCAGAAACGACCACCUCAGAGGCAUGUCGUAGGCCAGCGCAUUGGUCAGAGGAACCCGUCCUUUGGAAGAAACCUCAACAAGCUAAGAGGAAUCGCAUCGGCGCAAGGGACUGACAGCGCAGCUGCUGCGCGACAGCACAAGAGAACUGCAUCUGGCGGGAGCACGCCCGUCGAAAGCCCACAGCAACGGCCCAACAUGCAGCGCCACGCUUCAACUACCGGCAUAAUACGCAAUCGUUCUCACACAGCCUUGAAGAAAAACCAUUCUAGCGGACACCUUUCGCGGACAGGCUCCCACAAGAAUAUUACGAAGGCGGUCAGAGCCGACAUCAAGCGCUCACAUGCGCAUCCUACAAAGCGUCACAGCUCACCAGACAUUGCGCCUGCGCAUCCCACUGUUCGCUUCGAUGUAGGCGACGAGGAGGCGGUAGAUGAUGGCAAUGAUGAUGGCUGGACGGAAGAGAGCGCAUCGCAGUCACCCACGACGACGCGCUCACACACGCGGCAGAACUCGGCCAUAUUCGAAGCUCCGCCAGACCCGAGCGCAGAAGCUCCGACGACACGAACAGCAGAGUCAGGGAAGGACGGCGGACGCGAAGAUACAAAAGAGCAGGCCCCUCAUUCACCUCCGCCCAAAUCCCAGCCAGAUAGCAAACACGCCGAACAAGGACGCGCCACCCGCAUCAAUGGCGCGUCCUCCUACCACUCCUCCAAAGUCCCCGACGCCGACGCCAUAACCUCGCGCCUCCUCCAGCGAAACAACACACACAAUGCGCCCCCAAAAAUCUCCUCCGUCUCCGCGACUGCCGUCCCCGACAGCCACGACACGCGCCAGCUCUCCCAGUCUCAAGGUUCCACCCACCCCGAAACCCCCGGCCGCAAUCUCGUAUCCCGGUUUAUCGACGAAGACGAAGACGGCACACCCCGCGACAGCUCCUUCCUCCCGCAGCGCAGCCCGCCGAAGCGCGACGAAGGCAGCAGCGACAGCGAUGCCAUGCGGCGGAACAGGAGCGCGCCGAACAUGGCGGCGGCGGCUGCAUCAGCAUCGGCAUCAGCGUCGCAGCAAUCGAGCGCUCGGCCUUCGCGAACAGCUGGAACCACCACGCCAGACCUGCAUCCGAGCCGCACGCAGCAGAAGCUGUGGCUACAGCGCGCGAGCUCGAACAUCGAACCUCAGAAGCUGGUCCCGGCUAUCCUGCCCCGGACGGGCGGGCCGCAGAUCCUCGGCCCGAGCAUCAAUUACGCUGGCGCGGUGGAGGGGAGGAUAGACCCCCGGCUGCAGAGACAGUUCGACCAGGCCGCGCUCGAGUACAAAGUCGUCCGCCGGUACCGAAAUCCAGUCGCUGAUGCCAUUGUGCGGCUCGCGGAGAUUCCGGGAUCGGCGAGGAAGAGAGCUGCUGCAAGGGCAUCGACGCGGAAUGGGUAUCUCGACGGUAGACAAGGAUCGCAUCAGAGCUACCGCGAUGGCGAAAGGAGAGAUGGCCGCCACACGCCUGGAGCGCGAGACGGCACGCGCACGCCUGCCAGAGAUGGAAGGGCUACGCCGGGCAGGGAUGGGCGCGCCUCGCCGGAUCCGGACCAUAAGCGAAAGGUCUCGAAGGUCAGCUUCGAUGUUGCUGGAAGGGACGAUGAGGAUAUUGAGGGCCGCCAGAGCUUGGGCAGUGACGGCCAGGUCGACAGGAGAGACGAGUUGGCGGAGCUGUGUCGCAGGAUUUGGGAGACGGUCGGGGUGUCGGAGGUUGAGGUCGGGGGUUGA